AGAAGUAACUAGAGAGGAAAAAUAAAAAUUUAAAAAGCAUCAAAGCAAUUGUCAACCCCACAAGUAAGAAACACUACCAAGUAAAUAUAAGGCUAGUACUUUGGUUGAAAAAGACAUUGGUUUAUUGAACCUCUUAUGAGAAAAGCAAAAACAAGGCUGAAAGCUUCAACAAAGUUUCGUUUUGGUGCUCUCACAAGGAAAGAAGACAGACAAAGCUAGCUACCUAAAAAGAAAGAAAGAAAAAGAAAAUCAUUGAAAAGGAUUUUUAUUUUUUUCUUCUUCUUCUUCUUCUUUCUUUAUAUUAUGUGGCUCUUACAUUAAAGUAAGAAACAAUAAUACUAUAUAAUAUAUGAUGUGUUGUUCAGAAUAAUCCUUCUUGAUGGCUGGAAACCCUAGUAAUAACUGGUGGAACAACAUGUUGAUGAACACAAGCAUGCAUCCACAUGAUUCUCAUGAGCUUUCUUCUUCUACGACGACGACAAAUCAACAUUUCUAUGGAUCUUCAAAUUUUUUGGCUGAUAAUAAUCCAAGUCAAGAUCAUUUACCUCGCUCAUGGAGCCAGCUACUUCUGUCUGGAUUAUCUUGUGAUCAAGAAAAACCUGAUAUAAGUGAUCAUUUUCAACAUCAAUACAAGAAGCUGGAGAGUUGGGAAGAAAUCCAAAAUUUGAAUUCCAUCCAUAAUAAUAAUAAUAUUCCAUCUAAUUCAAGUUUUAGGGUUCCUUUUUUUAAUGUAAAACCAGAAGAAUUACUGAGCCAAGGACUGUAUAGUAAUUACCAUCAAGAUUUAUCACCAGCUAGCUCUUGUGUUACCACUAAUUUAAACCAUAAUAAUAUUUUUAACUUCUCAUCAUCUCCUGCUAAUAAAAUUACCAACAAUAACAAAGUGGUUGAAGUCAAGCAUCAAGACCAUUCAUCUGAGUGUAACAGCACAGACAGUGGUGGGGUAACUAAGAAGGCUAGAGUUCAGCAUUCUUCAGCUCAACCCUCUCUCAAGGUGAGAAAAGAGAAACUAGGAGAUAGGAUAACAGCACUCCACCAACUUGUUUCUCCAUUUGGAAAGACUGACACAGCCUCCGUCUUGUCAGAAGCCAUUGGAUACAUCAGAUUCCUUCAGGCACAAAUUCAGGCAUUGAGCUCUCCAUACAUGGGCAAUGUAGCAGGAAGCAUGAAUCACACUCAACAACAAUCUGCUGAUUUGAGGAGUAGAGGAUUGUGCUUGGUUCCUAUAUCUUGUACACAAGAUGUUGGAAGUGACAAUAACAAUACUGUUGGAGAUUAUUGGGCCCCAGCUCUUGGAGGAGGAGGAUAUUUAUAAUUAUUAAUUAAUGUAACAAUUUUAGUGUUCCAUAAUAUACUGAUGUGUUGAUGAUGAUGAUGGUAUUAUAUAUAUAACAUCAGAAGCAGUCACUCUCAAAUAAGUUAGUUAGGGUUGACUGUUGCUGAUGCUAUAUAUUAUAUUUUGCAUUUCUAAUUAAGUGUAGGAAGGAACAAGGAUAUAAGUCUUAUCGUAUGGUCCAAUAUUGCGAUUUUAUUUCAUGAAUAAUCAUAAAAUUGUAUAAGC